AUCCAGAAGCCCAUCCCCCUGAUGCAUCUUCACCGGGAAACCGUCCGCCUCCCAUUCAGUUCAGUGGGAAGCGCCUGCUGCAUGCACAGUGGCGAAACAUGGCCUCACCAAGGACAAUAACUAUUGUGGCCCUUUCUUUUGCUUUGGGUUUAUUUUUCGUGUUCAUGGGGACCAUCAAGCUCACCCCGAGACUAAGCAAGGAUGCAUACAGUGAAAUGAAAAGAGCAUACAAGAGCUAUGCCAAGGCAUUGCCUGGCCUGAAAAAGAUUGGGAUCAGCUCUGUCCUGCUUCGUAAGAUCAUUGGCUCUCUGGAGGUGGGCUGCGGUGUGGUGCUCACCCUUGUGCCGGGCAGGCCGAAGGAUGUGGCCAACUUCUUGCUGCUGCUGGUCAUGCUGGCUGUCCUGUUCUUCCACCAGCUAGUUGGAGACCCCCUGAAACGUUACGCCCACGCUCUAGUCUUUGGUAUUCUGCUCACCUGCCGACUGCUUAUUGCCCGCCAGAGUGAUGACCGGCCGGAAAGAGAGGACAGCAGAGAGGAACAGCACAUCAACGACCAGGAAAAGAACAAGGUCAAGCAGUCUUAAGAUCCUCUUCUACUUUGGUCCAAGCUACAAGAAAGGGAACCUGGUGCACAUCUAUGGAUUGUAGUGAUUCAAAUUUGAAAGGAAACAGUCACUCCCAGUAAUAAUACCCCUCACACCCAUCUCGUGUCCCAUCCAGCUGGCUGACUGAUUACUCUCACCUACUCCUCUGCACUCUUAAUGUGAAACUGAGAACUCCCGGUGGUCCAUACAUCCUCUACAUAACCAUGGACAAUCAUACCUGUGGAAUCUUUGACGAGCUCAACUCAUUGUCACAAUAGUCCCUCCAUUUUCUCUAUUUAUUUCAGUCCUACAUGUAUUAAAUGUGUUUGUGUUUUUAAUCGGGUAUGAAUUUAAUUUAUGUUAGAAGUUGGUUUGAGAAUGCUGUUUUUCAUGAAAGAAUCUUUGUAGCUUGUUUUUCUAAUUUGUUUUUAUACUGUAGGUAGGAGAGACUGGGAAUGAAUUUCAGUAGUUCAAGUGUGUUUCAUUUGGUUAUUAUUAUAGAUCAUAAACCAAAAUGAGCACUUUUGAAAGAAUUUUUUACUAAUUAUACAUCAACUACUAUUACAUAUCCACAUCUUAUGUUGGUGCAGUGUUACCAGAAGCCUAUUUUAGAAAGAUAAAUAAAUCCUUCUUCAUCUUUCCUCUCAGAUUAUUGCAAAAGUACGCAUGAAAUCCUUUUCUUCAAAGUAAAAUAAGCUGAAUAUCCUCUGUCUCCUUUCAGUUCAGUUAUCACAGUGAUGUUGUUUUGCUGGAAAGGACAGCAGUUGCUGCCUCAGGUGUCUGCCGCUAGCUUGUACAGAGAACAUAACCAAAAUCAAAAAAGUCUUUUUGCCUGUUAAAAAAUGGAAUUUUACCUUUUGUAAUUCACAGUUGAAAUCUUAAACUUGUCACUGUCUCUUAAAGAUUCUGCACAUCUGUUUGGUUAUUUUUUUCCUCACUCAAGAUGUGAAAUGUACUCUUAUUACAGUUUUGUUAUGGGGAUGAAAUCGCAGUUGAAAAUGCUGUUAGUUUUGAGAUUCACUAUUUCUGUAAAUUAUAUCCUUAAAAUAAAGAAAUGGAGGUGAGACUGACUAAA